UGGGAGCCCGCGGGUGCUGAGGGGCAGCCCCGCGCCUCUCGCGGUCGAGUUCGGGCCUGACGGCCGGGGAGCCGGGGCCGGGGCGGCGGGGAGCAGCCCCUGGGCGCGCUGAGCCCGCAGCCCGCACCAGACCGCCCCGGAGCACGCGGUCCCGAGUCCCGCACAGUUCCAGAUGACUGGUGCCACCCGAGCCCUGGAAACCUGCUCCGUGCUCCUCCCAGCCCUUCAGCCCCAGCCCGGAAGAGACGCUCAGCCGGCCCGGGGUCUCAGGGAGCCCUGGUAGGUGGGCUCUUCCGGAGCCCUUCCGCUGCCCAGUCCUCCUCUCCAGCGCCAGUGGAAGCAGACGCCAGCCAGGAUGCCGAGGAACCAGGGCUUCUCCGAGCCCGAGUACUCCGCCGAGUACUCAGCGGAGUAUUCCGUCAGCCUGCCCUCUGACCCUGAACGCGGGGUGGGUCGGACCCAUGAAAUCUCCGUCCGGAACUCGGGGUCUUGCCUGUGUCUGCCUCGCUUCAUGCGCCUGACCUUCGUGCCUGAGUCCUUGGAGAACCUCUACCAGACCUACUUCAAAAGGCAGCGUCACGAGACCCUGCUGGUUCUGGUGGUCUUCGCGGCCCUGUUUGACUGCUACGUGGUGGUCAUGUGCGCUGUGGUCUUCUCCAGCGACAAGCUGGCCCCCCUCGUGGUGGCGGGGAUCGGACUGCUGUUGGACGUCAUCCUCUUUGUACUCUGCAAAAAGGGUCUGCUCCCUGACCGGGUCAGCCGGAAGGUGGUUCCCUACCUGCUGUGGCUGCUGAUCACAGCCCAGAUCUUCUCCUAUCUGGGCCUGAACUUCGCCCGGGCCCACGCGGCCAGUGACACUGUGGGCUGGCAGGCCUUCUUUGUCUUCUCCUUCUUCAUCACGCUGCCUCUCAGCCUCAGCCCCAUCGUGCUCAUCUCUGUGGCCUCCUGUGUUGUGCACACACUCGUCCUGGGGGUCACGGUGGCCCAGCAGCAGCAGGAGGAGCUGCAGGGGAUGCAGCUGCUGAGAGAGAUCCUGGCCAAUGUCUUCCUCUACCUGUGCGCCAUCAUCGUGGGCGUCAUGUCCUACUACAUGGCCGACCGGAAGCACCGCAAGGCCUUCCUGGAGGCCCGCCAGUCUCUGGAGGUGAAGAUGAACUUGGAGGAGCAGAGCCAGCAGCAGGAGAACCUCAUGCUCUCCAUCCUGCCCAAGCACGUGGCUGACGAGAUGUUGAAGGACAUGAAGAAAGACGAGAGCCAGAAGGACCAGCAGCAGUUCAACACCAUGUACAUGUACCGGCACGAGAACGUCAGCAUCCUCUUUGCGGACAUCGUGGGCUUCACCCAGCUGUCAUCUGCCUGCAGCGCUCAGGAGCUGGUGAAGCUGCUCAACGAGCUCUUUGCCCGCUUUGACAAGCUGGCCGCUAAAUACCACCAGCUCCGGAUCAAGAUCCUGGGCGACUGCUACUACUGCAUCUGCGGCCUGCCCGACUACCGCGAGGACCACGCCGUUUGCUCCAUCCUCAUGGGGCUCGCCAUGGUGGAGGCCAUCUCGUACGUUCGUGAGAAGACCAGGACCGGAGUGGACAUGCGUGUGGGCGUGCACACGGGCACGGUGCUGGGUGGCGUCCUGGGCCAGAAGCGCUGGCAGUAUGACGUGUGGUCCACUGACGUCACUGUGGCCAACAAGAUGGAGGCUGGCGGCAUCCCAGGGCGCGUGCACAUCUCCCAGAGCACCUUGGACUGUCUGAAGGGCGAGUUCGACGUGGAGCCGGGCGAUGGGGGCAGCCGCUGCGAUUACCUGGAAGAGAAGGGCAUCGAGACCUACCUGGUCAUCGCCUCCAAGCCGGAGGUGAAGAACACAGCCACCCAGAAGGGCCGCCACGGCUUGGCCCUCCCGAAUGGAGCCCCAGUGUCCUCGAAGCCCAGCUCCCCUGUCCUCAUUGAGACCAAGGAGCCUAAUGGCAGUGCCCACACCAGCGGCUCCACAUCGGAGGAGCCUGAGGAGCAGGAGGCCCAGGCCGACAACCCCUCGUUCCCCAACCCCCGCCGCAGGCUGCGCCUCCAGGACCUGGCUGACCGAGUGGUGGAUGCCUCCGAGGAUGAGCAUGAGCUCAACCAGCUGCUCAAUGAGGCCCUGCUGGAGCGAGAGUCUGCCCAGGUGGUAAAGAAGAGAAACACAUUCCUCCUCUCCAUGCGCUUCAUGGACCCGGAGAUGGAGACCCGCUACUCGGUGGAAAAGGAGAAGCAGAGUGGGGCCGCCUUCAGCUGCUCCUGUGUGGUCCUGCUCUGCACCGCCCUGGUUGAGAUCCUCAUCGACCCGCUGAUGACAAACUAUGUGACCUUCGUGGUUGGGGAGAUCCUGCUGCUGAUCCUGACCAUCUGCUCACUGGCCGCCAUCUUUCCCCGGGCCUUUCCUAAGAAGCUUGUGGCCUUCUCAACUUGGAUUGACCGGACCCGCUGGGCCAGGAAUACCUGGGCCAUGCUGGCCAUCUUCAUUCUGGUUAUGGCAAACGUCGUGGACAUGCUUAGCUGUCUCCAGUACUACGCAGGACCCUACAACGGGACGGCAGAGCUAGAGCUAGAGGGCAGCUGCCUGGAGAACCCCAAGUAUUACAGCUACAUCGCCGUGCUGUCCCUCAUUGCCACCAUCAUGCUGGUGCAGGUCAGCCACAUGGUGAAGCUUACACUCAUGCUGCUGGUCACGGGCGCAGCGGCCACCAUCAGCCUCUACACCUGGUGCCCUGUCUUUGAUAAAUACGACCACAAACGCUUCCAGGAGCAUGCCUUUCCCAUGGUGGCCUCAGAGAAGAUGCAGGUGCUUUCCACCCCUGGGCUCAAUGGCACAGACAGCAGGCUGCCCCUGGUACCUUCGAAGUACUCGAUGACAGUGAUGAUACUCAUCAUGAUGCUGAGCUUUUACUACUUCUCCCGACACGUGGAAAAACUGGCACGAACACUGUUUUUGUGGAAGAUUGAGGUCCAUGACCAGAAGGAACGUGUGUAUGAGAUGCGACGCUGGAAUGAGGCCCUGGUCACCAACAUGUUGCCUGAGCAUGUCGCGAGGCAUUUCCUUGGGUCCAAGAAGAGAGAUGAGGAGCUGUAUAGCCAGUCCUAUGAUGAGAUUGGAGUCAUGUUUGCCUCUCUGCCCAACUUUGCUGACUUUUAUACUGAGGAGAGCAUCAAUAAUGGUGGCAUCGAGUGUCUGCGGUUCCUCAAUGAGAUCAUCUCUGAUUUCGACUCUCUCCUGGACAACCCCAAAUUCCGGGUCAUCACCAAGAUCAAAACCAUUGGCAGCACCUAUAUGGCAGCUUCAGGAGUCACCCCAGAUGUGAACACCAAUGGCUUCACCAGCUCAAACAAGGAGGAGAAGUCAGACAAGGAGCGUUGGCAACACCUGGCUGACCUGGCGGACUUUGCCCUUGCUAUGAAGGAUACGCUUACAAACAUCAACAACCAGUCCUUCAACAACUUUAUGCUGCGCAUAGGCAUGAACAAAGGAGGGGUUCUGGCUGGGGUCAUUGGAGCCCGGAAACCACACUACGACAUCUGGGGCAAUACAGUCAACGUGGCCAGCAGGAUGGAGUCCACAGGGGUGAUGGGCAACAUUCAGGUGGUGGAGGAAACACAAAUCAUCCUCCGAGAGUACGGCUUCCGCUUUGUGAGGCGAGGUCCCAUCUUUGUGAAGGGGAAGGGAGAGCUGCUGACUUUCUUCUUGAAGGGACGAGACAGGCCACCUGCCUUCCCCAAUGGCUCCUCCGUUACACUGCCCCACCAGGUGGUGGACAACUCCUGAAUGGGCUCUGGCCCCACAACGAUCCACAUGGGAAGGGAGAAUUUAUUUUUUGGAACUGAAGAAAGGCAUCGGGAAAUGGCAAAUGGCCAAGUCCCAGUGUUCUCGAAUUGCUGAAGUGCACAGUCCCAUAGACUUUAGGUUCAAGAAUCUCAAGCCUUCAUCUGUUUGUGGAUAGGUGAGCUCUGAGGGUGGCCAUACUAUUCCUCAGUGUGCCUAUAGCUUCCCCAGAGUAGGAGUCUUAGGCAUAGUACUGGAACAGCCCUUCUUCCCCAGAGAGGCCACUGUGAGCAGGAGUGGAGCAGAGGUGGGACACGGCUGCCUGUGCCGCCGGGCUGGGAGCACAGAUGGGGUGCUCUGCUGCAGAUGGGGCCUGGCAGGGCUGGCACUGCUGGAGGAUGCUGCACUCCUGGCUGGAACCUGACAGUAUGCUGUUGUGAAGGGAGCUUCCCAGAGACCUGGCUGUCUCCACAUGGUCCCAGUUAGAUUAAUUAAGCAGCCCUAGUCCUGAUGUUCCUGAUAAUCUUGAAAGGUUCUUCUGGAACCCUAUCACCUUAGUCAUGAGAGCAGAAAGUGCAAUAUUUCCUUUCACCUGGUUGGGGGGGGGGGUUAUUUCUGAAAGAAAAUUAUAUAGACAGAUCUUCUACAUUUAUAUUUUUAACCUGUUAAAAACACUUUCCAAUAUUGCCUUGCCUUUUGAGCUCUUGCUACAGUCGCCUUUGCUACUGCUUUAAAAGAAUUUAUAGCUAUUGACAAAGAACAAGACUGUUUUAUUAAAAGCUUUACUCAACUUAAA